GGUUACAUUAGUGAGCAAGAAGCAAACGACAAAAAGGCAUCUCACUUAUAACCUUCCUUCGCCACAAAACGUGACCAAAUCGUGUUGGUAGGGGGUUGAGGAGCUUUUUCUUUACAACUUAAUGCACUUAAGGCACGCGUCAUCGAUAAACUGUUCUGAAAGAGAAGGAUAACCUCUGUGGUGUAGCGGUGGUUUUCAUUUGCUGUGUGGUCUUGACAGUUGGUGCUGUUUUCCGGCGUCCUUCAUCGCGGCAACACUCGCACCGAUCGCAGAAUGGCCUUCUUCAAGAGCAUUUGGAAAAAUAGCUCCAAGCACAAGAAACUGUGUGAAGAGCUCGCGCUGGCGAACAGUAUCCGUGACUUUUCCGAAAAUCACGAAGAACCCGAGGACGGUUCGACUGAAGCCAUCAGCUACAGUGUCAAAUACUUGGGCAACACUGCUGUGCCGACGCCACGGUCCGAGAAUGCGACCGCGGAAGCGGUGAAGAGCAUCAUAACAGCAGCCAAAGGCAAUAAGAAAUUGCAACGUGUCUCGCUGUCAAUCUCACCGAAAGGCAUCGAAAUGAUCGACACCGGCACUGGGGAAACGUUGCUGCAGGUGUCGAUCUACCAAAUCUCGUACUGUUCGGCCGAUGCCAACCAUGACCAUGUGUUCGCGUUCGUUGGCUGCACGCUCGGUUCGGAAGCCGAGGUGAAGGAGAUGUGCUUCCGGCGUACGGCGGAAGAGAUUAAUCUCGAGGGACCGCUCGUGUGCCAUGCCUUCCUGUGCCAGAAGCGAAAAAUGGCCCAAACCGUCACGCUUACCGUGGCACGCAGCUUCGAGCGUGCGUUCCAGAUCUGGCAAAGCAAGCAGUUCCAUGCGGAACGCAAGCGUAAGGAUCUGGAGCAGCGCAUGGAGCGGGAGCUGAGCGGGAGCCAGGAAUUGGCGCGUAAAAAUGCGUCCAACGCAGCCGACAGCGAGCAGCGCGAUGAAGGUGAAUGUCGCAGCUUGCUGAUCGACUUUAACUCCGACUUGACGGAAAUAUGUUCCGACACGCAACAUCAUCGGGAACUAUUGCAGAACACUUGGGUAUCAUUUGAAGAUGAUCAAAAGCCACAAGAGUUUCUCGCGGUGCCAACAUUAACGUCCAACUCCGGCUGGAGUGGGAUGGCCAUUUGUUCGAACUGAGGCACGCUACACAUUCCGAGCAGCAACAGAAUAGAAUUAGAAUAUUCACGCUAAGCUUCAUGUUGCCUUUGGAAAGUGGGAUUGGGUUUAUAUGCGUUCAUAUGUCGAUUUUAAGCUACCUUCCCAUUUGUUUCAAUUUAAAGCGUUAAUUAUAAGCUAUCAUUUAAUAUGGGGUUCAUUGAAAUUUCGCCAGAGUUUUUUAUACGAUCGCGUUUGUUUUAAACACUCUUGUCCCAGAUCGCAUUAGCAUGCAAUAGUAUGUGAUAGAAAGUUUUUUUUACAUAUUUUUUAAUAAACAACAUUCAAACUCAUUCAAUAGGAUUGUUUUUAUUUUGUGAGUACCAUUUACAAAGAGUAAUAACACUAGGUUUGUGUGUUUUUUACCUAA